GGAUACCUAAUUGAGCACCAUAACACGCUGACGUUGCCCAUUUGCAACAUUUAGGGAAAAUUCCUGUGGAGUCACGAUAACUGUCCCGGAAUCAUUUUCUUUAUUAAUGGUCAAGCACUCAUUCAGAACGGAUAUUGAAAGCUUAUUAGAUAGUUUCAAGAAAUGCUUCACAGACUUCGCUUGGGCUGGAAUCGUGUUCGAACCGAAACAUCUCACUUUUGGUCGGAUGAUGGUCCAGCAGGCAAUUGCUUCUGGUGGAUAGACACUAUGUUGUUGCUUGCAGGAAUCCGAAACGAAUGGUCAUCACGGUGGAAGGGCGCACGCCUAGUCCAGUACAUGAGUAAUGCGCUGUUUGCUUUUGAAGUGGCUGUGCUCCUUUCGCAAGUAAAAGAGGGCUUGGACGACACAUGGGACGAUGUAGCCAAUAAACUAAUGGGAAUCCUGAAAUGCUCAUCCUCCAUCCUAGCCAGUGCCAAAAUGUUGGUGAUGAUCCAUCUUCGGGAACCCCUUGGAAUUUUACGCAAUUACGUCCUUGACGAUCGCGUAAAUUCUGGUGACAAAGUUUACGAUGAGUUUGAACAAAGAAAACUCAACCAAACCGCACGUUUCAUGUUUCGAGCCAUGUUGGGACUGCUCAUUGCUGAAAUGACCUUACUGUCGAUCCCAAACCAAACCAUGGCAAGUAUGUUCAGAAUGCCUCCCUGGGGUGCUUCGAAUUAUCUGUACCACUUUUUCGUGACUACGUUACCAUUGGGUUUGCUACCACGUUUGUUGUCUCACAUGUCCUACGUUGGAAUCCUCAUCAUGGGAAUGCGGAUGAAACUCGGAAUGAUGGCCCAUCGGUAUCAGCGAAUGACCAGUGCGUCCGACUUGGAUUUGGAUCAGUACUUCGAAGGUGUAAACCGUGAACUAAGAGAAACAUUCAAACAGCAAGUUGAGUUUUUAGGUCACUUUAAUACCCUGGCAGAAGCGAUAGGCAAAACAUUUUUGAUCAUCCACUAUUAUUCAAUCUUCAGCAUUGGUACGAUCAUAUUCAUGGGAAAACACAUGGGAGUCAACGUUUUCUCUGCCGCUUUCGUACUAAUGUCUCUUGCAUUGCUGCUGGAAUAUUACGUUUGGUGCUACCUAGUUGAUUCAAUCCAUGAAACGGCCGCCUCUAUUGGCGAUCACAUUUACGAGAUAUGUGCAAUCAUGCCCUACAGUCGAGAGUAUCAUCGGAAAUACAUCCAACUGAGAACAAGUUUCAUCAUCAUUUGGAUUAACAAUUGCAAUGGAUAUUCAGUGGAUUGCUUUGGGCUGUUGCAGCUUUCAAUAAUUGCGUUUGUUAAUUUGCUCGACGUCGCUUACACGGUGCUGAUGUUUCUGAUCAACAUGGCUUAGAACCUGCGAACAACAAUUCCUUUGAGGAAACCUAUACAAAUAUAAGUCUCUUUAAAUGUGUUAUAUAGAGCUUAGCAAUUUUAUGAGAAACAGAUUGUCCCUGAAGAUUUGUUAAAACUCAAAAUC